AUGCUAUCUCAGCUUAUCAUAAUCUUUUUACUUAUUUCACAAUAUUGCGGGUCUAUAAUAAACCUUGAUGAGGCACAGAAAUCAUCAAAGAAGGAUCCUGCAGUCUGUCAUAGUGCUUACAAUGGUUGUCGAAAUUUGGAUUUUGAUUACUGGUUCAAUAGUAGAAAUAUCAUGCGAUACUAUAUGGAUGUGGAAAAGGUUAUGUGGUUACAGGAUAAUCUUUAUGAAGUCACAAUUCAUGUUCAUGGUCAGCAACAAAUUGACUUGAAAUACUUGUCUAUGCUAUAUAUACAUGAGAUCGAUGGUCCAAAGAGAGGUAUUACACUAUUCCAUAGAGGUUUGAAUAUUAGUGACAUCAUAAGUCCCACUGAUUACACAGUUACGUUCCAAGUUUAUGGAAAUUUUACUACAGAGAUUGAUUUUCAAUGUUUAAUUAAGCUCCCUGCUUUCAAAAUCCAUUAUGAAUAUUUACUGGAUGAACAAUCCGUGUACAAGGAUACCUGGGAAUGGGGUACACCCUCUUUUACUCUAACUAAUGGGUGUAGGUAUUAUGAUAAUGAAUUUAGGUCAUAUACGUCUUUUCCUGGAUAUUUCUGGAGUCUGGAAUGUGAAAAUUUGCCCCCAAAACUACAAUAUUGCAGGCCCCCCGGACCAUUAGUCAUAUGA